GUUAUAUAUGGAAUCCAUAUAACAAAUCUGUGCUGCUGCAUUUCCCCGUCACAGAGGCAAAGUUCCAAGUACAAAACCAGCAGGGCAACCCCUGAACUUGCCAAGCUCCACCCUGUCUCUUUAAAAAAAGCCACAACUUGAUAUUUUGUCCCCUCCCAUGUGUCUAUAUAUUGUGUGAGAGAACUAGCUGUGUUUAUAUCCUGUGCUGUGAGUGAAGUGGGACGGAGAGGGGGGGCGUAGAAAGCAAGAGGAGAGAUGUAACUGCUUUACCAUGUAACUGUAGGGGGAAUAGUGAGGGGUAUGCGGGGAGGAACUGCAAACAAGGAAUAAUAAAUCAAAAAAAGUGAAAAACUCCAUUUAUGCCCAGUGUGGCUGAAGGCGCAAGCAGAGGGUCCCAGUAUAAGCCAGCAUGUCUUGCCCAGCGCCCCAGCAGUACUACCGCACGGAAAGCAGGGAGUCGGCGGCCAGCAUGUUGCCUAAGACGGAUGGAGAGGAGAGCAGCUCGGAGGCAGGAGGGAAGAGACAGAAGAACAGAGAGGGCAGCUCCUUGUGGCUGGCAGUGGGCAUCAUCUUCAUCCUGGCACUGCAGAUCGCUUGUACCACCGGACUCUUUGUCUAUUUCAGCGUGUCCAUCUCCAAGCUAAGGACUCAGACACAAGGAACGUCAGAGGAACUGCGUUGCCUACAGAUCAUCAACAAGAUGGAGGAUUUGUCAGACCCUAUGGAUUAUGACCUGGACGGACUGAUACCUAAUGAAUCAUGUAAGAAACUGACCAGCAGCAUCAAGUCAUACAUAAACCAGGUAACAGAGAACAUCCUUCAAAGAACAGCAGUGAAAGAAGCUAGAAGGAGCAUUAUUAACAUCUCAGAAGCACAACCUCACAGAGGAGAGUACAUGAAAUCAUCAGCCCAUCUGAUACUUAAUCAGGGCUCCCCAUUGGGAAAAGGACCAUCAGAAGAUUUGGUGUCUGGAAACUCAUUUCAGUCAUGUCGCUAUCCUAUUCGGCAGUGGCAACUUAGGAACGCUUUGUCCCACAUGCAGAACAUGACCUACCAUGACGGGCACAUCAAAAUCCUACAAGAUGGCCUGUACUAUAUAUAUUCCCAAAUCUACUUCCGAUACACAAAACAAAAAGAUUCCCGCCCCUCUUUGGGGCACCAACUGGUGCAGUGCAUUAACAAAAAAACAUCCUAUGUGAAUCCAAUUCUACUUCUCAAAGGGGUUGGUACUAAGUGCUGGGCACCCAAUGCAGAGUAUGGACUUCACUCUGUGCACCAGGGUGGGAUAUUUGAGCUAAGGUCUGGCGAUGAAUUAUUUGUCUCUGUCUCUUCCUUAGACAUGGUCUAUGCUGAUUCAACGUCCAACUUCUUUGGGGCCUUCAAAUUGAGUUUGUGAGACUCGUCUAAAUAUGAAGGAGGAAGGUCUGUAGUGCCUUGCUGAGACUUUCCACAAAAUCACAAGGCAGCUUUAAAGGCAAUAAAAAGCUGUUCACAGCCAGCACCUUUAUAACUGGUUAUGUAACAAGCCGUUAUUGGUUGUGAAACUGUAUAAAAUUGGGUCCAGUGUCUCUGCUAGACUGAAAGGCUUGCCACAAAGGAAACAUAUUAAUAGCAGCUACAAAGAAAACCUAUACAGUAUACAGGGAAAAUGAAUAACAUUGUGAAGACCUAUGUAUUGUAAAGGCAGUGGUUUCAAAAUUGUGAAGUCUGUGAUAGUGAGAUGUGAGAAAAUUGUCUCUUCGUUCUCUUGGAAGCCCAGCUUUAGGUGAGAUUUGGGGGUGAACCCCUAUGUGUGUGCUAGAUACGUUUAUAUCUAUUGCUGAACGGCUGCUAUUGAAAUGUUCUCAUAUAUCUGUAAACUUGAGUCAAAGAAAAUGCAGAAAUGAUGGGACUCUAAGGGGGGGGGGGCUUAAUCAAAAAUAUCAAAAAACCACUUUCUUGUGCAUAAACUUUUAAUUCAUGUCUAAAUACAUAAGGCAAGGAUGUUGUAUGCUCCUGCAGAGAGAGUUCCAACUUCAGGCUUUCACUGGGACUUCCACAGUAUAAAUUACACAUCAGGCCUGGGCUGGCAAUCUGUGGGUUCUAGCAAAUGCCAGAGGGGCUGCUGUAAGAUGCCAUAGACACUUACUAUU